AGAAUGAAUUAAACUGGAAUAAAAUGCAAUCUCUACUAAUUUAGGAAUUAAAUGGGCCGGGUCUUAACUAAGGCCCACUAGUGGAGGCCCAUUCUGCCAGCAGAUAUUUGUAAAUUCUCCAGCUAUGCUUUUAUUUCUCCCUCAAUUUUGGAUUUGUACUUGCUAGGCCGGCCAACUGCCAAUUCCCUUAUGUGUCUCCAUUUGUGUAGCUGAAGCAGUUAAGUUUCCCUGGAGCUAUUAUCAACUCUGCCUUGUAAAAUUCAGGUGGUGGCUCCAACUUCAAAUAUUAAAUUAGGUGAGAAAAUCUUGGCUUAUGAGGUUGUUGUACCUUGUGGAGUGAGUAUGGUACAUGUGAUAAAGAAUUUACCUACUUUAGCAGUUUCUUUGGAUGGGAAUGAGAAGAACAAUCACUUUUUCUGUUCAAGAAAGGAUAAGUUAAAAUACCCACGUGGUGCAUUCGCUCCUUGCAAUGGAAAAGUAAAGAGUUGUAUUAGUUUUAAUAGUUCUAGUUUGGUUACUGCUUUGGAGCGAUGUGCUUUGUUUGGAAUUCCACAACUAAAGUUGUCGACUUUUUCAUUUAGCUUCAGGAAAGCGAAUAACUUGUGCAGCAUAGCUCUGAAUGUCCCUCGUGAACUUGAACUCGUUUGUGAUGGAGAGACUGAGGGUUCUGAUGUUGAGAAAGAUAAUUCAGCCAAAGAUGUAUGUGAGUUGGAAUUGUCUCGAAAUGUCUGUUUGAUGAAUUCGUACACUGAAAAUCUUGGUACUAAUCAACCUUCGAGUAUUCUUGAAGAAACAAAAAUUUUAGGUGAGAAUGAGAUUAUACACUUGGAAGAAGUGGAUGAGGGGGUAUUAUCAAAAAGGAUCUUGAAGCUUAGCAGGCUCAAUAAACCCAAAAGUGCAUUGGCUAUAUACAAGUUGAUGAUUUUUUCAAGUCUUAAACCUGAUUUACAUGCUUGUAAUUCCCUUCUUUCAAGUCUCUUGAGGAAUGGAAUGCUUGAUAAUGCAUUAGAAGUCUUUAGCUCCAUGAAGGCUAGUGAGCUAACAACUGGCCACACUUAUAGCUUAAUUCUGAAGGCAGUUGCUGAUGCUCGGGGUUAUGACUCAGCAAAAAACAUGUUCCGUGAAUUGAUAAGUAAUAAGAAUCUUAGAGAACAAAUUGAUAUCGUUGUAUACAACACAAUGAUAUCCAUUUUUGCAAAAGAAAACAACUGGGAUCAGGCACAGAAGAUUUGGAAAAUUUUGCAGGAUAAUGGUCAAGUUGGAACAACAGUCACUUACCGUCUGCUAAUUUGCACAUUUGUUCGUUGUGGUCAGAAUGAACUAGCUAUUGAUGCAUACAAUGAGAUGAUUCGUAAUGGAUUGAACCCAGAAAGUGAUAUGAUGCAUGCUAUUAUUGGAGCAUACAGUAGGGAGGGUAAGUGUGACUCUGCAUUGAAUAUCUUGCAAUGUAUGUUGGAAAGUGAGCUUAAGCCAAAUGCAAGAGCUUGCAAUGCAGUGAUGAACUCACUUGGAAAAGCUGGAAAAGUCAAGCUUGCGUUUGAGAUUUAUGAUCUGAUGAAAUCAUUAGGCCAUGCACCUGAUGCGUACACAUGGAAUUCAUUACUUAAUGCCUUAAACAGGGCAAAUCGAUAUUCGGAUGCAAUUCAGCUUUUCGAGAGAAUUAGAAAUCACCAGAGUGUCAGUCUGAAUGUGCAUAUAUAUGAUACUGUUUUGACAUCAUGCCACAGACUUGGGUUGUGGGAUAAAGCUAUACAGAUACUGUGGCAGAUGGAGACUUCUGAAAUCCCAGUUUCAACUGCAUCUUAUAAUCAAGUCAUUGGAGCUUGCGAGGUUGCAAGAAGACCCAAGGUUGCAUUACAAGUGUAUUACCGCAUGGUUCGCCAAAAACAUUCUCCUGACAUAUUUACUCUGCUGUCGUUGAUGAGAGUUUGCAUAUGGGGUUCUCUCUGGAAUGAAGUAGUGGAAAUACUAAAAUUUUCUGAACCAAAUGGAUUGCUUUACAAUGCUGCUAUUCAAGGGAUGUGUUUAACAGGAAGGCUUGAUUUGGCUAAGAAGCUGUACACGGAAAUGCGGGAGAGAAGCCUUCAACCUGAUGGCAAGACGAGAGCUAUGAUGCUGCAAAACUUACCAAAAGAUUCCAGGAGAAAUAGAAAACGUUAACCUGAAGGCAGGGAGUGUAAAUGGGUACAGCAGGUGCUUGUAGACGAGUUGAUAGCAAAAUAUAUGUUUUGAUGGUCAUGUAGAAGAGUGAGAUCCACUGAGGAACAGGCAGAGAGGAAUGUCAAUAGACGGAAUCUAUUCAGGCACGCCAGUGUACAUAGAGAGAGCACCUUUUUGCCGCCUCAUAUCACGAUUGUCCAAGGCCGAUAGCCGAUAGGGCAUGGGAGUGUCCCUGUGUCCGGCUAGUCCUGCCAAGUAUAAUGAUGUGACUAUGCUAAUCACAAGCUGGACGGUUAACCGUAGGGCAGGAUUCAGCUGAUCGGAGGAGUCACUUGGCAUAACAUUCAGAUUCAGAAGUCUACAACAAAUAUAUAGCAUGACCAUUGGUCUUUGUCGUCUACUGAGAAACAAUCAAACCUUUUUUAAGCUUCGUGGAACACGCCUUCAAGCAUAUUAUACAUAUGUAGAAAACAUUUUUAUGUAAAAGCUUUGCACUCUGAUGUAAUAACAGAUCAUUAAUCAUGGAUCAUAGUCUAAUUAGAUUCAGCAUCUCCACAUUGAAAA